AUGAAGCUCUCGGGGCGCCUCCACUCAGGGGCACUGCUCUCCCUAUGUCUCUUCAGCGUUACUGCUACCGGACGGCUAGGCCUUCCGAGGAGGGACGAGACGACUCUCUCCACCGAGGGCACGUCAACCCCGACAACAAGAGCUAGUGCUCCAGAGACUACGAGUUCGCCGCCCAGGUCGACUAGCGUUGCGACUUCGACGACCUCUGCCCCGGCAUCGUCACCCACUCGGCCAGCUUCAAGCGCUUCGGCCAGCUCAACCACCACUGGCAGCUUAAACUCGACUUUAUUCAACGUUAUGCUCCCUCCCAACCAGCUUCCCCUUGAGCCCGAGAUUACCCCUGGCUGGGCCGUCGCCGGGGCCAUACUUCUCGGCACAGGCGUCGUCUUUGCCUUGGUUGGCAUCAAGACCAAGUAUCUUCAUUCAUUCUUUUCAACGGCCUUCUUGGCCAGCCUGGGCACGACGGUCCUCAUCAUCUAUGUCAUGACUCCGCCCGUGAGCCAUGCAAUCCAGGGAGCAUAUGUGGUCGCCGUCGUCUGCACCGGCAUGAUUCUCGGCGCUCUGGCUGUUGUGUUCAAGGAGAUCAUGGAAUGCCUGGGUUGUCUCCUCGGGGGCUUCUGUCUAAGCAUGUGGCUGUUGACCCUGCAGCCGGGGGGGCUCAUCCCCACUGUCGGCGGCAAAGUCGUCUUUAUUGCGGCUUUCACCCUCACGGCUUUUGGAUCGUACUUCACUCGCUGGACCCAGACAUACAGUCUCAUUAGCUGCAUCUCCUUUUCUGGCGCAACAGUUGCUGUUCUCGGCAUCGACUGCUUCAGUCGCGCCGGUCUUCGAGAGUUCUGGGCUUACCUCUGGGCCCUCAACGACAACCUCUUCCCCCUUGGCGCCUCCACGUACCCUCUUACUCGCGGAAUCCGCGUAGAGCUGGCAGUUACCAUUCUCAUUUUUCUUGCCGGCAUCGUUUCGCAGCUCAAACUCUGGCGCAUCAUCAAGGAACACCGAGACAAGCGCAAUGCCAAGAUUGCCGAGGAAGAGCGCAACCUCCGUGUCGAGGAGGAAACUGUAGGCCAGCAGGUGGAAGAGACGACCAGUCGGGCGCGUCGCGAGUGGGAACGCGUAUAUGGGGAUGUAGAGGGUGGCUUGAGCCCGCUUGGGGGCUCGACGGAUUCGGGCGUCAGUGACAUGGGUAGCGAGAAGCCGAUGCGAGACAGCAACGGCGCCUUGACCGUCAUCACCAUCCGACCCCAGUCGCCAACCGAACUGGACGGCGAGAACGGCCUGGUCGAAGUGGUGUCGGAGAAGUCAACGCUGCCCUCGCCGCCUGUGCCGAAAACGACAGCGGCAGAGAGGGUUAUAUCGAUAGACGCCGUGAAUGGCAGUGUUACUGUCAUGGUCGCCCAGGAUCCCAUACCCGAAGAGCAAGCUUCGUCUGCCGACUCGUCUGAAUUAGAUAGGGGAGGGGAGAUUCGAGAGGAAGCCUGGGACGGUUCGACGCAGAGGAGGAAAUCCCAACCCCUAACCCCACUGCCAGCCGUGGUUCCCUUGCCAUUUAGGAUACCGGAGGCCCGAGAAAAUAGCGACCGGUCAUCGGUUGCAACCUUUGCCGAGACAGAAGAUGGCCGAGAAUCGAGGUGUGUCAAGAGCGAGAGCAUGGUAAGACGGUUGUCCACUGGCUCUGCCAAGCUCCUCAGGCGUCUGUCGCAACGCUCCACGCGAAGUAUGCAAGACGGGAACGAAUGGACGCGUGGCAGCCGUGAGGAGUUGGUCAAAAGAGCUCGAAACACAAGAGAUGAUAUUGACUCUCUCGCUGCCGACAUGGACGACAUGAGCUCUAAUGGUAUGACCGAGUCCGCCAAUGGUGAUGCAGGGCCCAGCGAUACGCAGGUCGAUCCCAAGAGUGACAUCGCCGAGAAGCAGAAGAAGCAUGCCGAAACAUUAAUAACGAUGGGAGAAACAAUAUUAACGCUGGAAGCGCUGGCCACCAAGACUGCUGCGGAAAGCACAACAUCAAUAAUAGACACGGUCUCACUAUCUCCUGUGGAUGGAUCGGAGCCCGAUCAACUGCCAGCUUCUCCCGAUCUUGCUGGCCGAGAAAUCGAGGCCGAGGUUGUUGCCGAGGACAGGGGCACGGCGACAACAAUUCCAGAGGAUGCAGCAUCGGCGAGAGAGAAGACGGACAAGACCAACAGAAGGCGAGACUCGGCGACCUCGGUUGAUUCUGUCACUGCGAGUCUCUCCAAGAGUUUACCGCCGGCUUUGUCACGGGUGGCAAUGUCGUACCGAACGAAUGAGUGGGCAAAACACCUCAGCACGGCAGACGCACCGGAGCUAGAAACCCUUCAGCUUCACGAAAAUCCAGAGGAACCAGCGCCACUAGACGUUGUUGAGCUACAACAGACGGCCGAAAACGCCACGCCGCCGCCGGCAGCCCCGAGGGUGGCCAGUGCGUUGUCUAGCUACGGGUCCAUGCCCCAUCUCGUGACAAGGAGCAGCUCGAGAGUAUCAUUAUCCGGAUAUUCAGACGCUACUGUUCUCCACCACCAACUUGCGUCAGCCCCUGAGCCUCUAACUAAGAACAGGUCGGGGCCUUACCGCUCAGUAUCAGGGACGCUGAGGGGCCGGGGCUCGAGGCUCUUUGCAGAACCAAUCGCCGAGGAAGGGGAUGACCAGCCGUAUUAUAGUAUGCCCCCUAUGGCCGAGGAUUACGAUGGCCCGCCAACACACGCCAUGCACUCUUCGGCGGCCACCCGGGAGCUGUCUACGUCGGCGUCAGUUCCUAAUCUCUCGAUGUGGCUGAACGGUCCAAAUACGGCCCAGCAGGCGCCGCCGCAGACACUGAUCGGGAUGCGCGAGAGGCUGCUCCGCACCAAAGCCCUCGGCCCAUUUGCAUCCCCCGGAGCCGAUGCUGCCUAUGGCGGCAUGCCCACCAUACCUGCAUCUGGGCCGCCGUCGGAUGCUGGAAGCUUGCACAACUCUGUCGGCGGCGGUUCGAACGCGCCGAUUGAUGCCGACGAUAUCCCGCUCUCGCAGCGCCGCAUCAUGAUACGGCAGAGCAGUCUUGACUUUGCCUCGAGGGGCCGUUCGAGUGCCAUGGCCUCGAGUCCGAGGGCCACCACCCCGAACGCCAACUCUGCCAUGUUUGACUCGCACCAGCCGUCUCGCCGCAGCAACGCCACGCCCGAGUUCGUGCGCCAGGCCCAGCUGGCCAGCUUCCGCAACAGCGUCGCGGCCGAUCUGCGCGCCAUGCCGUCCAACCCGAACCUUGGCGCGCUGUCGAGGCAGUCGUCCUACGGGCGAGAGACGCCUCUGAACAGCGGCCUGAUCGGUAGUGCGUCGAUGGGGAGCUUGCGAGGGGCGUACGGGCUCGACGCCGAUGCGCGGCGCAGCAUCGAGGUGCAGCGCAACACGCUCCUCGGACAGAAAGAUGCCGAAGCGGUAAAACGCGAAGCAGAACGGCUGGAGCACGAGCGCAACCAGCGCGAGUUCGAAGAGCGCAUGCGCAGCGGCGCCCUCAUGGAGGCCCAUCGCGACGCCAUGAGGAGACUCCAGGGGGGAGUCAGGGACGUGUGA